GCUGAGUCGCAGUCAACUCGACGGCAAUGGGUUUGGUUUGUGUGUGUGUGUUUUGUUUUUUUAUGGUUUGUAACUAGAUUCCCACUAACAGCUCUUUUCAUGUAUGUGAUAUACCAAUAUUUCAAGUGUUAAUAACUAAUGUUAAAUUUGAUGUUUUGAAGAAAAUACUGAAAACUUAAGAGGAAUUGACCGUUUUUCCUUUAAAGUCCUGUCACCUAUUAUCCUUUCCUUUUUGGAUGGUAGAAGGUGAAUUGAGGCUCCAUUUUCAGCAUGUUUUCAUUAUGCAGUUGACCACAAAUAGAACUGACUUCUUGUCAGUCUGUUUCUAUAGUAGGACAAGAGGAUGGGUAGUAUGGAGUAAGGGGAAAGAAAGGAAUAAUAUGGAUUUGUACUUUAAUAGAUGAUGGAUGAUGGUAGGCCCUCUUCAAGCAGAGAGUACAUUUGAUGUUCAAUUAAAGAAAAGCCUCUGAAUUUGGGAAGCUGUCCCUGGAGAGAUUAAAAGAAGGGAUCCUUUGGGAAGUGGGAGAGCAUUGCAACUUGAAGUGGAAAGAAAGGAUUAGCCAGUAACAUAUUGUUAGUUGCAGUCGAGCCGAUUCCAGCUUGGGGUGACCCCGUGUGUUAUAGAGUAGAACUGCUACAUAGGAUUUUGUUUGUUUUUGUUGUAAUCUUAAAGGAAGCAGAUCGCCAGGCCUGGGUUUGUUCAAACCGCCAACCUUUAGGUUUGCACCACCUAGGGACCUAGCCAGUUGACAUAAGGUAUUUACUAUUUCUUAAGUCAAAAGAUAAUUUCCUUCCCCACCCUUUAAUUAGCCUUUUCGGGAAAAUAGGAUAUAAAGGUUAAGCAUAAAGAUACAGAACUGGAUGGAACAUAGGAUGGUGAAUAAGGCAGUGUAAAGAGAAAUUAUAGUUAAAUACGUAGUGUUUCUAUGUAAUUCCAUUCUGUGUGUAUCAGUGUUCUUUCUUUCUAUACUAAUUUCUGUCUCAACUUUUUCUAGGUCUUCAGAGCUACUGGCAGAUAAUUGUUGGGACUUCAUAUUCAAAGGUCUAUAAAAAGGAUUCCUCAUGUCCAUAACAUGUUGGUUGAGGCUCUGCAGCUCACCCCCACUCUCAGAGUGGUCCGUCUCCAUUAAUUGGACCCCGUGAUUUUCACUAUCUGCUGUGUUGGACGUCAUGAGCAUUGCAGUCCCUCUGGGAGUCACCACACCAGAUACAUCCUACUCAGAUAUGGCUGCUGGAUCAGAGUAAGUGCUACUUCCUAGAUAGUAGGUACUAUGUCAGUUUGUUUGGAGGCAGCUUUCUUAUGGAUAUCUAAUAAUAAAUAUCUAGUAACCAAAGCCCGUCCCACUGGAAAUUGUAAAUGGCAUUAGGCCUUUCCCUUUUCUCUCAUAGAAACUGGAGGAAAAAAGGAAUUAGAAGGGAGAGGAAAAGUGAUUUGGGGGAGGGUUUUCUGAGUAAAUGAUUAAUAAGAUUAAAUUUGCAAAGUAAUGAUUACGUUUUUAUUUGUUUUUGAAGGGUGGGGAACGCUGAAAUAAAGUGGGUGUCACUACCUGCUUCUGUAGAGUUAAUGAUUAUCCUGAUGGGGGGAGAUAAGGAGGUGUAUUCCUUCCAACUGAUUUUCCUUGAAGGCCUCUUCCUAUGUACUUCCCUUUGUUGUAGAGUAAGGGGGCUGAAACUUGAUGUGGGCAGGUUACUUAGACUAUCUAACAUUUGGGGUAGAAAACAUGGAGAGCAAUGUCAUAUGUUCUUUUAUAAUAUUCCUUGCCUAGAAAGAGGACCUUCAAAAUCAGUGGUACCAAACUUUUUUUUCAGCUAAGAGCAGCUUUAGGAAUUCAGAGUUUGUCGAAAAGCCCAACCCCUAAAAUAGACUCAGUUCUUGAAGAAUUUAAAUGCCAAAUGACAAUGAAGGUAGGCCUUCAUUAUACGACUUUAUAUAUUAUUCAGUUUUUAAAUUUUUAGCCUUUUGUAUCCCUUCUCUUUUAAGUUGUCCAAGAUUGCCCCUGCUCACAGAUUCCCCUCUUGUCCUUUUACCUCCCUUGUACCCGAUCUUCCUUGCUUACAGAAAGGAAGUGGAAGCCCCCUACCUUUCAAGACGAAGUGACACUACACCAGGAUGUGAAAGUCCAGCGAAAGAGACCCAAGGGGCCUAGGGGGCAGCACACCCCCAGAAGCCAAGUCUAUUCCAGGCAGUACCAGGGAUUAGGGUCUGGGCUGGAAAAAUCCUGGUGUUUUGAAUAUGUUCAGGUCCAGUUCAGACUCUUGAUCCCACAGCCACUUCUUGAGUGAGCCCUGAAUCUGUGGAGGCUAGUCCAGCAGUUAAUGAGAAGAGCGUGUAUUCCACUCAUAAUUAUGGGACCACUCAGAGGCAUGGGUGUCGAGGACUGCCUUACGCUGUGAGUAUGCAUUUGUUUCUCUCCAGAGCAGUGAUCUUCCUGGAGUGUAAUCCAUUCUUAUACAUGGUGACUUUCUUGAAAUGUUUAUAUGCAGCAUGAUGAAGUUGCCCCCUUUGCACUUCCCUGCCUCCAGCGGACGUCUAGCCCUGCAUCAUUGUUCUUGUUUUUAUGUCCCAGUUGACCUUGGCAUUUUGUUUUAUCACUUUCCUGGUUGAAGCCAAAAAACGAAGGGUACUACUUUCUUCUUUCUUUCCAUAUGUACCAUACUUUAGGGGAGAGAGGGGCCAGUGUUUGGACACUGUUGAUUUAAAAAAUCUUAUUUUCAGGAUCAUAAUUACGGAGCCCCUCCUCCUCCGACACCUCCUGCUUCUCCCCCUGUCCAGACGAUCAUCCCUCGUUCUGACCUGAAUGGCCUGCCGUCGCCCGUAGAGGAGCGCUGUGGAGACAGCCCGAACUCUGAAGGAGAGACUGUUCCUACCUGGUGUCCUUGUGGUCUUUCUCAGGAUGGCUUCCUUCUCAACUGUGACAAGUGCAGGUAAGAUCACGUUCCAUCUAAAUUGAAGCCUGGGUUGCUGGGAGUAGGGUUUCUUAUUAGUGGGGAAAAGCUCAAAGUAUUCUUUCUUGUGUUUGUUAAUGUAGAUGAUUCCUUAGUGCUCCUUGGCUCGAAUUCUCUGCACUAGGUGAGAAUUGCUGACAACAAGGAAUGAGAGAUUGAUGUUAAAGCUAUUGAAUUUGAUAUGAAAUUUAAUGUCCUGGAAACAUUUGGUAGGUGGGAGGGAAGGGGUAGUAUAUGCAGAGACACUUCUCCCAUGUGUGCUAUGAUAUGCUGCAUGCUGUUGGAAGGACUACUUUAAGUUUAUUUUCCCUCUUUAGGGGAAUGAGCAGGGGGAAGGUUAUUAGACUUCAUCGGCGGAAGCAGGACAACAUAUCAGGUGGGGAUAGCAGUGCAACGGAAAGCUGGGAUGAGGAGCUUUCUCCUUCCACUGUGUUGUAUACAGCAACACAGCACACACCUACAAGCAUCACCUUAACUGUUAAUCGGGUUAGGAGAACCAAACCCAAGAAGCGGAAAAAGAGCCCAGAAAAGGGUCGUGCAGCACCAAAGACGAAGAAAAUCAAGGCAUUUCGAGAGGGAUCCCGGAAGUCCUUGCGGAUGAAGAAUUCUCCCUCUGAAGCACAGAAUUUAGAUGAGAAUACAACUGAGGGCUGGGAAAAUCGGAUAAGACUAUGGACUGAUCAGUAUGAAGAAGCUUUCACUAAUCAGUACAGUGCAGAUGUACAAAACGCCCUUGAACAACAUCUACAUUCUAGCAAGGAAUUUGUGGGCAAACCUGCCAUUUUAGACACUAUUAAUAAAACAGAAUUGGCCUGUAAUAAUACAGUUAUUGGUUCCCAAAUGCAGCUACAGCUGGGAAGAGUCACUCGUGUUCAGAAGCACCGAAAGAUCUUGAGGGCUGCAAGAGAUUUGGCUUUGGACACUCUUAUAAUAGAGUAUCGAGGGAAAGUCAUGUUACGACAGCAAUUUGAGGUCAAUGGGCAUUUCUUCAAAAAACCAUACCCCUUUGUGCUCUUCUACUCAAAAUUCAAUGGUGUAGAGAUGUGUGUGGAUGCCCGAACUUUCGGUAAUGAUGCUCGAUUCAUCAGAAGAUCGUGUACACCAAAUGCAGAGGUGCGGCACAUGAUUGCAGAUGGAAUGAUUCACCUGUGUAUCUACGCUGUGUCUGCUAUCACCAAGGAUGCUGAGGUCACCAUAGCAUUUGAUUAUGAGUACAGUAAUUGUAAUUAUAAAGUGGACUGUGCAUGUCACAAGGGGAACCGGAAUUGCCCUAUACAGAAGCGGAAUCCCAAUGCUGCAGAACUGCCACUCCCACCUCCUCCAAGCCUACCCACCAUUGGAGCAGAGACCAGGCGUAGAAAAGCACGAAGAAAAGAGCUAGAGUUGGAGCAGCAGAAUGAGGCUCCAGAGGAGAAUAAUGACCAGCCACCAGAAGAAGUUCCAGAAAAAGUAAAUGUAUCCAGUGAUCAUGAGGAAAUAGACAAUCCAGAAGAAAAACCAGAAGAAGAGAAAGAAGAGGUUGUAGAUGACCAGGAGAACUUGGCUCAUAGCAGACGGACUCGGGAAGAUAGGAAGGUUGAAGCCAUCAUGCAUGCUUUUGAAAACUUAGAGAAAAGAAAGAAACGACGGGAUCAGCCCUUGGAGCAAAGCAACUCUGACAUAGAGGUUACUACCACCACCUCUGAGACUCCUGUGGUAGACGAGACAAAAACUGAAGCCCCUGAAUCUGAAGUUGGCAACCCUGCUUCAAAUGUUGCCAUCCCAAGCACCCCACAGAGUGUUGGUGUGAACACCCGGAGGUCUUCCCAAGCAGGGGAUGUUGCUGUAGAAAAACCAGUUCCUAAACCACCUCCAGCAAAGCCUUCUAGGCCCCGACCGAAGAGUCGAAUUUCUCGGUACCGGACCAGUUCAGCCCAAAGACUAAAGCGUCAGAAGCAGGCCAGUGCACAGCAGGCAGAGUUGUCACAAACUGCCCUGGAAGAGGGAGGAAAUAACAGCUUAGCAGCUCCUACUGAAGCUGGAAGUAUAGACAAUUUAGGAGAAAACAGGCAAUUAACAGGGUCUGACCCAGCAGUGAUAUCAGUUGUUGGAUCCCAUGUCAACCGGGCUGCAUCUAAGUACCCUAAAACCAAAAAGUAUCUAGUUACAGAAUGGUUGAAUGACAAAGCAGAGAAGCAAGAGUGCCCUGUUGAGUGCCCUUUACGUAUCACCACGGACCCAACUGUGCUGGCAACGACUCUGAAUAUGUUACCUGGUCUUAUCCAUUCCCCAUUAAUUUGCACCACUCCCAAACACUACAUUCGCUUUGGUUCACCCUUUAUCCCUGAGAGGCGCCGAAGGCCCCUUCUGCCUGAUGGCAUGUUCAGCUCCUGUAAGAAGCGCUGGAUAAAGCAAGCCUUGGAAGAAGGGAUGACUCAAACAUCAUCUGUAUCCCAAGAGACUAGAACUCAGCACCUAUACCAAAGUAACGAGAACAGUAACUCUUCUAGCAUCUGCAAAGACAAUGCAGACUUGUUGAGCCCAUUAAAGAAAUGGAAGUCUCGCUAUCUGAUGGAGCAGAAUGUCACCAAGUUACUGCGACCUCUAUCCCCAGUCACACCACCCCCUCCCAAUCCAGGAUCAAAGAGCCCCCAGCUGACCGCACCUGGUCCUUCUCAUCCAGGAGAAGAGGAUUGUCGAAAUGGAUACAACCUCAUGUUCUCACCAAUCACGUCUCUUACUACUGCUAGUCGCUGCAAUACUCCUCUGCAGUUUGAGCUUUGUCACCGAAAAGACAUGGAUUUGACAAAAGUAGGAUACCUUGACUCCAACACUAACAACUGUGCUGACAGACCCUCUCAGCUCAACUCAGGUCAUUCUGACCUGGCUCCUCAUCCCUCCAUCGGGCCCACCUCUGAGUCUGGCUUCCCAAGCAGGAGUGGAGAUGGACAUCAGACCCUUGUAAGAAACUCGGACCAGGCAUUUCGGACAGAGUUUAACUUAAUGUAUGCCUACUCCCCUUUGAACGCUAUGCCUCGAGCAGAUGGAUUAUAUCGAGGGUCUCCCCUAGUAGGGGACAGGAAGCCUUUACAUUUGGACGGGGGAUAUUGUUCCCCUGCGGAAGGGUUUCCCAGUAGAUACGAACAUGGAAUUAUGAAAGACCUUUCUCGUGGAUCCAUGUCACCUGGUGGUGAAAGGACCUGUGAAGGACUCCCAUCUGCCCCACAGAACCCACCGCAGAGGAAAAAGGUAUCCCUGCUGGAGUACCGCAAACGAAAACAAGAAGCCAAGGAGUCUGCUGGUGGGGGAGCUGACUCUGUACAGAGCAAAAGCAAAUCUGCAGGAGCUGGGCAAGGCAGCAGUAACUCAGUGUCUGACACUGGUGCCCAUGGUGUGCAGGGAUCCUCAACCCGAGCCCCAUCUUCCCCUCACAAAAAAUUUUCCCCAUCUCAUUCCUCUAUGUCCCAUUUGGAGGCAGUAAGCCCAUCAGAUUCCAGAGGCACUUCUUCAUCUCACUGCAGACCUCAAGAGAAUAUCAGCAGUAGAUGGAUGGUUCCCACGUCAGUAGAACGGCUCCGAGAAGGAGGGAGCAUCCCCAAGGUCCUCCGGAGCAGUGUGAGGGUGGCCCAAAAAGGAGAGCCUUCUCCCACAUGGGAGAGUAACACCACAGAGAAAGACUCAGACCCUGUGGAUGGAGAAGGCCCAGAGACAUUGAGCUCGGCACUCUGUAAAGGAGCAACUGUUUACAGCCCUUCUAGAUACAGCUACCAGCUCCUGCAGUGUGAUAGUCCACGGACAGAAUCACAAAGCCUCCUUCAACAGAGUUCCUCUCCCUUUAGAGGACACCCUACCCAAUCUCCAGGAUACAGUUAUCGAACUACUGCACUGAGACCUGGAAAUCCCCCCUCUCAUGGUUCUUCAGAAUCAUCCCUCUCUUCUGUGUCCUAUUCCAGCCCCGCCCACCCUGUGUCCACAGACUCAUUGGCCCCAUUUACGGGGACACCAGGGUACUACAGUAGCCAGCCACAUUCUGGAAACAGCACCAGUAGCAGUCUUCCAAGGAGGAGCUGCCCUUCUAGUGCUGCUAGCCCUCCCCCACAGGGCCCCUCAGACUCACCAACCUCAGACUUGGUUUCUCAGUCCAGCACAGGAACUCUGAGUUCCACCUCCUUUCCUCAGAACUCUAGGUCGUCAUUGCCAUCAGACUUACGGACUAUCAGUCUGUCCAAUGCUGGUCAGUCAGCUGCCUACCAGGCCUCCAGGGUAUCUGCGGUUUCCAAUUCACAGCACUACCCACACCGUGGGAGUGGGGGUGUGCACCAGUAUCGACUCCAACCACUGCAAGGGUCAGGAGUCAAGACUCAGACAGGACUUUCCUAGGGCUUCUGGAUUUGGGCAAAUAGAACUGAAUGAGCCCAUAGCUGCUUCCUUCCAGCUGCCUCUGGAUCCUAGGCCGAGCAUAUUGCUGGGGAAGGGAGGUACACGGUGCCAGAGGACUGGGUCUGGUCAACAAGAAACAAGACUUGUGGUCGCGACUGGCCUCUGGCCUUGGAGAAAGACGUAAAUCUUGUCUGAAGCAGAGACUAUAAAGAAGUUUCUCCCUGCUGUUAAGGGUACAUUGUUGACGAGCAAAUGGUGUUUUGGUUAGUAACGGUUCUAAGUGCAAUGAGUUGUGUUGAAGCCUCCAUCUCCCAACCUUGCCCGUAGCCUGUAGUCACUUGUGCAGUGAAGGCAUCUUUUUAAAUUAAAAAAAAAAAAAAAAAA